AUGAAUAAUAGUACGAUAUAUGAUCAGUCAUCGACUACGACGAUACCAUCAUCAUUUAUGAUGUCGUCGUCACAACUACAGCCACCACUACCACCACAAGCAUCACAGCUACAACAAUCAUUGUCAUCUCAACCAUCAGCAGCAGCAGCAGCAGCAUCAGCAGCAGCAUCAGCAUCAGCAGAAGCAACACCAACAGUAUCAAAUGCAAUUAGAGAUUUCAAUAACAAGAUGGUUGAAUGGAAGCAUUGGACCUUUAUUUCAUUCUCUGUUUGGUACUCUGUACUCAUUUAUAUUCAAAUGAUUUUACUUUCAAAAAAUAUCACAUCGGUCUUUAGACAAGUACCAGCAUCAUUUGGUGAGAUGUUUACUCGUCUAACUAUUCACCAUUACAUCUAUAUGGCAUCGAUCAUUAUUUCACAACCUCUUAUGUUGCGAUACCUCUUUACCUUGUCAACCAACUCUUUCUCUUUACAAAAAGUGAUCAUGGAAAAUUGUUUAGAGUCUAACCCAUUCUAUUAUUGUUUCCUUUUAUCUUCAUUUGCUAUUGUAUCGACAAUGUUGUAUCGUACCUAUUCAAACUUUGAAUAUGUAUUCUCUUUUCCAAAGAUUCAAACUCCAUUAAUGCUUCAAACAAAGUCAUCCAUUUAUUCAUGCUUUUGGAAUGCAUUCUAUAGUUCAUUUUAUUUAUUUGUUUCAUUAUUAUUCUAUGGUUCAAUCAUAUUAAUACUCUUUAAAACAUUCCCAUUAAGAAUUGUAUCAUUUGCAAGUAAAUUUUGGAUAUUUGCAAUGGUACUAUUAUUCCAAUACCAAUUGAGACAACGAUUAUACGAAGUGUUCGUCUCCAAGAAUAUGAGAUUCAUCACUGAUAAAUUUACAACUAUCACUGUCAACAAUCCAAACAUCUUUUUAUUAUUUGGUAUCAUCUCAGAUGACCCUUUGGUAAAGCAUCAUGCAUGGAGAGAUUUAUUAUAUGUUUCACAACACCAGGAUGAAAGAAGAAAGAGUUUAUAUUCAGAUUUAAAGAAUUCAUUGGGUGAUCAACCAACCAUUAUUAAUAUUCUACAAGAGUAUCAGAGCAUCAUGACACAACUAGUCACAAAACUUCAAGUACCACCAGAAUACUAUGUCGAACAACAACAAAAGCAACAACAGUUACAACAAGCCAUGCUUUUGGAACAGUCACCACUCUUUCAACAAUUUGUUAAAUUGGUUCAAAAGGCUACUGGAAUCACUAUGGAUUUCAACGUAUACGAAUGUGAAGUUAGACAAUGUCUAUCCAACACACAACACAUUGUCUGGGCUAUUGAAGCACUAUCACAAUUUAUUCUAUUGUCAUUCCCCGUAGUACACCACCACGGUGUCUCUAAUAGCAUAGAUCGAGAAACCAAAGACAAUGCAACCUAUAUUCAUAAAUUCCAAAUCAUUCAAAAGUUUUUGGAACCUUUACUAGACCUAGUCAUGACGUUGGACAGUAUCGAAGCUCAACAUCAAAGUACCACAGUACUCUCUGAAUCUUCUGUCAUUGAGGAUCCCUAUUUCAUUAAACGAAUCUUAAAUCAAGAAGAAUUAUUCCCAACUUGUUUGGGUGUUUUACCAACUGUUAGGCCUCAUUUUAGAUUAUUAAAAUAUGUUUCAAAAAAUAUUAUAACUCAAAUGUUGGAUAGAGUUGGAUAUCAAUUAUCAGAUACAUCAUUCCAAUAUAAAUAUAAAUCAAUUUUAAAACAAUUUAGAAGUGGUGAAGUAUUUAUUUAUACUAAAAUAAUUAAAUAA